AUGUCAAGCCCUUUGACCCCCUCGGAAAAGACGGCGGACUUGCCCGGGCCCACUGUGCAAGCUGUGCAUGAUGCACUCUCCCCGCACAAGGCGCCCACAGCAUUCGGACGGUUCAAGCACUGGCUGCAAGACCGUGACUACCACGUCUGGGUCAUGUCGCUCGGCUUCAUGCUCCUCUUCACGUCAUACCCCAUCCAGGGCGUGCAGACGAUUCGCUUCCCCGAGACGGGCGCAUACAUCCUCAUCGUCCUGUACUCUGCGUACUUUGUUACGUCGAUGUGGGCGACAUUUUUCCUCAGCUGGUGGGGCCUUGAAUGGUGCCUGCCGUGGGGUCCGAUCUCUUACGCGACCUGGAUUGCAUGCAUGUUCAGCGAGAGCAACGCGGCGAACCUCGUCGGCGCUGCUUUCUUCGGGUGGGGCGCCGGCAUUCUCUGGCCCGCGGCGGGCCAGCUCAUCGCGGCCGUGAGCACGCCCGCCAACCGCGCCUCCAAUGCCGGUAUCUACCAGUGUGCGUUCCACAUCGGCGUAUUCGCGGGUGGCCUCAUCCUUGGCGCGGUGCAGAAGACGCUUUCCAACUUUAACCACCAAUACGCCGUCUUCAUCAGCCUGUGCGGGCUGAGCGUUAUCACGUUCUUCAUUCACGCCAUCACAUUCCGACGCCGUUUCCGGCUGCCGCAGACCAAAACCGACACCGAAGGGCACACGGCAGGCUUACACCGCGUCCAGCGCGACGACGGUACCGUUGAAUACCGCGCCGUGGAGGGCAAGGACCUCAAGUCUGAGACGGCGGUCGUGCAGGACCUGGCGCUGAGCGGGGGCCGCGAGCUCGAGCAGAACAAACUCAAGGAGUGGAAGAACAACUUCUGGCGCCCCCUCCAGAUGCUCAUCCACCCAGUAUUCGGGCCGCUGGGCCCCGCGAUCUUCGUCACCGGCGGCAUGACGCAGGGUUGGUUCAACGCGUCGUUCAAUAAGAUCGUAGUCAAUGUCGGCGGCGACUGGAACGGAUGGAUCUACGCCAUCAGCGAGAGCUGGGCCAUUGUCGCGAGCAUUGUCUUCGGCCUCUUCUACGACCGGCUGCGUACGCGCUACGUAGCCGCACGCUUCCGCUGGGUCAUGUACGUGUACGUGGGGGCGUACUACUGCCUCUGCGGCCUCGCCCUCGCCGCAUGGUACAUGAGCGAGCGCGGCGUCGGGCACGAACCUGGCCAAACGCGCCCGAGACACUUCAAGGCCGUGCUGAGCUUCGCUGGUGCGUUUUACAAUAUCCAGCUGCUGGCGCUUGAGGUGUCCAUUCUCACCUAUCUCUCCACAUUCCUCACGUACAACGCCGACGUUGCGUUCUCGUCCAAGAUCGGCUGCGAGGCCGCUGGAUACCUUCUCGUGUUUGGCCUCGUCAACGUCCUCAGCCCCAAAUGGAUGAUCGUGCUCCUUUUCUGUGUCGGCCCACCUGCCCACAUCGUCUACCUUCUGUGGUGGCAUGCGCCUGAGCGCCCCAUCGCGACCAUCAUGGGCGAGAGCGACGACGACCUGGAGAACAGCGGCGCAAGCACCCCCACUGUCGCCGAUGAGGAUCGCAAGGGUUCUGUCCCCACAGUCGCUGAGGUGGAACGGAAGCCGGAGGCAGCUGUGCUGGCGUCAUCCUAGGGCUGGAUAGAGUGCAGGCAGACUCCGUAGCGUAUGCACUGCUGGGC